AUGCAGAAGAAGAAUAGCAAGAUGAAGAAGAAGAAGAAGAAUUUCAAGAAGAAGAAGAAGAAGAAGAAUUUCAAGAAGGAGAAGAAGAAGAAGAAUUUCGAGAAGGAGAAGAAGAAGAAUUUCAAGAAGAAGAAGAAGAAGAAUUUCAAGUGGAAGAUGUGGAAAUUCAAGAAGUAUUUGAAGAAGAAGAAGAUGAAUAGGAAGAAGAAUUUCAAAAAGAAGAAGAAGAAGAAUUUCAAGAAGAAGAAGAAGAAUUUCAAGAAGAAGAAGAAGAAGAAGAAGAAGAAGAAUUUCAAGAAGAAGAAGAAGAAGAAUUUCAAGAAGGAGAAGAAGAAGAAGAAGAAUUUCAAGAAGAAGAAGAAGAAGAAGAAUUUUCAUUGUUGA